CACCAAUCUAAUUGGAUUAAACUAAUACACUCUCAUUAAACCUCAUACUCGUACACAUUCGAUUUUAAUUUCCAAAGCUUAACGGGUUGACUACGAAUUUGUACACGAGCAUUAAUUAGAGUGCCCAAAAUCCAAACCCUUUUACAUAGCAUUGAAAAAGUAAGUUUCAUCUCAUUAAAAUUCUCCCAACACAUUCAUCACUAACUCUCUCCCAAAAAACAAAACCACCGCCUCCGCCGCCGCAACAUGACGUCCAAGGACUGCGGCAACCACGACGACGACCACCGCAAGAAGCUCUACCGCAACAUCUUCCUAGCCGUGGCAGCGUUCACGGCCGCCGUCCUCUUGGCGAUCCUAUUAGUGUGGCUGAUCCUCCGGCCAACAAAGCCGCACUUCACCCUCCAAGACGCCACGGUGUUCGCAUUCAACCUCUCCGGCCCCAGCCUCCUGACGGCUACCUUCCAGGUCACCAUCUCCACCCGAAACCCCAACGGCAGGAUCGGCGUCUACUACGACCGGCUGGACGUCUACGCGGCCUACCACAGCCAGCAGAUCACCCUGCCGACGCGGCUGCCCCCGUCCUACCAGGGCCACAAGGACAUCACCGUCUGGUCGCCGUUCGUGUACGGAACCGAGGUGCCGGUGGCGCCCUACCUGGCCACGUCGCUCGCCCAGGACGAGCUGACGGGGACGGUGCUCAUCCACGUUAGAGUUGACGGCAGGGUUAGAUGGAAGGUUGGGACGUUUAUCUCGGGGAGUUAUCACCUGUAUGUCAACUGCCCCGCCUAUAUCAAUUUCGGCGCCAAAUAUAAUGGGAUCACCGCCGUUGGAUCGGGAAUCAAGUAUCAGCUCCUCAUGGACUGCAAUGUUGAUGUUUGAUUUUUUUUUCUUUUUUAAGAGGAAUUAUUAAUUUGACUCAUUUUAUUUAUGUUUAUGCUAGUGAAACUGAAUUUAUGUUAUCUGUGUUUAACUUUAAUUAUGGAGUAUUGUGAUUUAAUUA